UUCAUAUUUAAUGAUAAUUUAAUUGUAGCUUCUCAUUUACUUUUCAAUAUAUUUAGUUUUUAUGGCUUAAUUUAGAUCAUAAUUUUUCUUUAAAAAAAAUUAUUUUUCUCUUAAAAUUCAUGUUCAAUUAUUCUUUAUUUAAACUCCGUGUCCACUCAGUAAAAGAAAAAUGAAAAAUGUUCACUCAUAUUGAUGAAGCAUUCAAAUGAUCGAAGAUUUUUGUAGUUGGUAUCCUAACAUAUGUCCAUAUUGGGAAUUUGCCAUUUUGCAGUAUUCAAGUAUGGCCGAGAAAGAAGUUCCUUCUACAGAGGAUGUUAAAAGCCCACUCUCCCUAUUUUUCAGAGAUAUAAGAUCAAUUUUUAAAUUGGAUGAGCUUGGUCAAGAAAUAGGAAGGAUUGCCUUACCUGCUGCGCUAGCUUUAACAGCAGAUCCUAUUGCAUCUCUGGUUGAUACAGCAUUCAUUGGCCAUAUAGGUGCAAUUGAGCAGGCUGCUGUAGGAGUUUCAAUUGCUGUAUUCAAUCAAGCAUCUAAGAUUGCUAUAUUUCCCCUGGUCAGCGUAACAACUUCUUUCGUCGCUGAGGAAGAUACAAUCACGAGAUCGAGCCAAGACCUGCAAGAUGAUAAAAGUAAAGAGCGGAAUGAAGGAGAUGCAGAAGCACUGGAAACCGAGUCACUGUCAAACAGUGAAAGCAAAAGCUUGAUACCUAAAAAAGGUUCUGCCGGGAGUAUAGGCAACUCUGAAAAAAUAGCUACUAGCUUUGAAGUAGUGAAAUCAAAGCCCGAAAAGAGACACAUUCCAUCCGCAUCAUCAGCAUUGAUCAUUGGUGCUGUCCUUGGCAUCAUCCAAGCAGUAAUUCUAAUCGCUGGAGCAAAGCCUUUAUUAAAAUUCAUGGGAGUCAAACCCGGCUCAUCUAUGUCAAAACCAGCACAAGAUUACCUGAAAUUGAGAUCACUUGGUGCACCAGCAGUUCUCCUCUCAUUAGCUAUGCAAGGUGUAUUUCGAGGAUUUAAAGACACUAAAACUCCACUAUUUGCAACUGUGGCUGGCGAUUUGGCAAAUAUAAUUUUGGACCCUAUAUUCAUCUUUGUUUUCCAUCUCGGUGUCAGAGGUGCUGCGAUCGCUCAUGUAAUUUCUCAGUACCUAAUUUCAGUUAUACUAUUCUUGAGACUAUUGGAAAAGGUUGAUAUCGUACCUCCUAGUAUCAAGUAUCUUCAAUUUGCUAGAUUUCUUACAAAUGGGUUCCUAUUGUUAAUUAGGGUCAUAGCAGUAACAUUCUGCGUAACAUUAGCUGCAUCAUUGGCUGCAAGGUUAGGACCGACACAAAUGGCUGCAUUUCAGGUCUGCUUGCAGAUUUGGCUAGCUACAUCUCUUCUAGCUGAUGGGUUAGCUGUUGCUGGGCAGGCAAUACUAGCAAGUGCAUUUGCUCAAAAGGACUUCAGUAGGUGUACUGCGACAGCAUCAAGGGUGUUACAGCUGGGAGUAGUUCUAGGAUUGGUAUUAGCACUCGUUCUUGGAAUUGGUUUACACUAUGGAGCAAAAGUAUUUACGAAAGAUGUCAAUGUCCUAAACCUAAUAGGCAUUGGAAUUCCGUUUGUCGCAGCAACCCAACCAAUCAAUUGUCUGGCCUUUGUCUUUGAUGGUGUAAACUUUGGUGCAUCUGACUUCGCAUAUUCUGCGUACUCGAUGCUUACAGUGGCUCUUUUCAGCAUUGUGUUCUUGCUCAUUCUUUCAUCAAGUUUUGGAUUUAUUGGAAUUUGGGUAGCUCUAACCAUCUAUAUGAGCCUAAGAGCUUUAGCUGGCUUUGGGAGGAUAGGCACCGGAACAGGCCCCUGGAAGUUCCUCCGGAGCUGAAAGUCUCUGUUAGACAGUUAAUAUAUAAAUAUUACUUUUAUACAGUAAAUUUGUACAGGAACCUUAAAUUCCUUAUAAGGACCAAAGAAAGCAUAGGAGGGACCUUAUAAGGCGAUUUGUUCAAUGUUGUAACACAAGGUAGCACCACUAUAGUAUAGACCUAGUUCAUUGGAGAAUAAUAUUUGUACUCUUUCGUUCCACUGCAAAGAUCCUCAAUAAAAGUCUGGCAGAUGAGGCUUCCUUUGUAGUUGGAGGGAGAAGAAAGAAUCAAAGAAUGAGAUUUGGAAAGAUAUGCAAUGCUCUUUCUCCUUA